GCCGCCAUCUUGACGCGACGCGCUUUCGUUUUCGGUUUCACAGGUCAUGUUUAAGUGACAGCUGUAAGAUGACGAGCAGUUGCGUUUCGGUCAUCCAAAAGUCGGCAGAGAGGGUACGAGAUCUGCUUAUCUCGGUCAAGGGCGGAGGCCAAGCAGUUGACAGCGAUCUCGUGUUCAAAGAGAUCAAGUCCGACCUCAAGGACAGCAUCUACGCGUACCUGUCCGCCGCCGAUGACGAUGGUACAGCACUCUUGGUAGUCGCUCUAAACGAAUGUGUGAACACAGUCACAACCGAGUUUUUCCAAAAUUCAACAAGGGACGACCCGACACUAGUGCUCUACAAAUGUGUGAACAUGUAUCUCGGCUUCAGCUCUCACAUGAUGGACAAGAUGAGGACACCACAACUUUACGUAGCCGCACUUUGUUCCCGAAUCCAGGCCCUUGAAGUAGUCGCUUUGCUUCUGUUGAAACAAUCGCGCUACGGCGAGCUAGAAGGCUAUAUCAAGCAGCUUGCCGAACAGAUUCGCUGCUUCAAAGGUUUUGCGGCUGACGAUGCGAAAUCAGAUAAGGAAAAGCUCAGAGCACGCCACGCGGAAUCAGUCCUGCAAGUCUGCCGCUUCGCGGCGAUGACGUCGACGGCCCCGAAUUCCGAAGAGGCGCUCGAGAUCCUCUACGCCGCUAAGAACGCGUGCUGCGACGAUUUUCCAAUGCUGCAGAAGUACGUCUCGUCGAGGGCCUACGCUACAGGCAUGCAGUGCUUCAAGAGUGGUCACUACAAAUACUCCAUCUCUUACUUCCGAGAAUCCUUCUGCCUCGGCAAGAAAUUCGUUGACGUCAAUAGGCAGGCCCACACGUUGUACCUCCUGGGUUCCGCCUACCUCCUUUGGGACAAGCAGGAGCACUGGGAGAAGGCAGCCAACGCCUUAGAUAUGGCCAUCUGGCACCGUCCAGGACAGCUGAGCUACAUGACGAAGAAGCUGGAAGCCCUCUACCAAAGCGGUAAUGACAAGCAACUCUCAAGCACACUUGACUGCAUCCUCAGGCACCAAGAAAUUACAAUAAGGCACGUGCUUGAAAUAUACCAGUCAAUAAAGGAGCACGGCUUUGCCCAACAAGCCAUCGAGUUCUUGCAGAGAGCCUACAUACGCUUCAGCCAGGAUCGCGAAGCCUUGUAUCUACUGGUGGAACUUCUCAAGGCUGAGCUUGACAACGACGAGCUGGAUCGUGCCUCCCUGACCUUCCAGAGAAUCCUCGUACAGGACAGUGCCAAAACGACACAGUUCGCUGGUCAAUGUCUCAGGCAACUCUUUUGUUACUUGUUUCACUUUGGUUGUGGCAAAGCUGAGUCAGGCAGUACCUCUGAAGCGGUGGAAUGGCUCAGGAACUGCGAGACUCUUGUAGCUACGUUUGAGAGCAUUUUUGAUGAGGAGGACAUAAAAAAGAAGGUGGAGAGCUUGCGGCUCUGUCAGGUUUAUUGGAGCAUGAACCUCGGAAUGACCAACAGGGCAAAGGACACCUUGGAUCAGUACACGGGUACAGACAAUGUGACCAAGGGCUACCUGAGGCUCAAGAUUGCUCUUGAAGAAGACAACGGUGCUGAUGCAAUUGCAGCCGUUCGCAAAUUGCUCCAGCUUGUCAAGGACGCCAAUCGUCUUGAACGUGACAACAUUACCAAGAAAGUUUCAAAUGCACUCAUUCACGCAGGGAGCUUCACACUGAAGGCGGGCAAGCUGGACCUCACCAAGGAUGUGUUAAAGCAGAUGGCCUUGCCUCCCGAAACCAAUCCAGCCAUGGCAGAGAUGCAGCUGAAGUGCCUGCAAUGCGUCGUCGCACUGUGUCUCAUAAACAUUGGUACUCCUGAUAUGUGAAUUUUUGA